AUGCAUAUGCCUAAGGUAUCGCAUCGUCGUCACCAUCAUACCGCUCAAGACGAGCGUGGAAAUCUCUUUUCAGCGUUAUUUCACAUCAAUGCAAUAUCACAAAUGUACCACUACCAUAUUACACCGGAAAUGGGUGUCUAUGCGUUGAAAUCAAUACGUGAUCUUGUCUUCAUGGGAAUUGAAUUACUUACUGAAAAUACAAUGAUACAAGUCAUAUCGUUAAAAGCACACAAUCGAACUCCAUUACGCGAUCUAGCUGAAGAAUAUCUAAGUAAUGAAAAUCGGUCGUUUGUAGAGUUCGCUUACAUUGGGGUAGAGACGUAUCAAGUCGAAACGAAUAGUGUCUUAUUUCUAUGGAUAUUUUAUUGCUUUCUGCAUGGACCAACGGGUUUGAAAGUUUUACAGAAAGGUGUUCGAUGUUUAACCUUAGCACGUGCACUUCGCGUAAUCACGUUUUCUUUAACCAUCUUACCUAAUCCAAAUCCGAAAUGCAAGUUUACAGGACCUGUUGACCCAUUCAAUUUAAGUCCUGGUGGAGCAUGUAAUGAUUUGUUAUAUAGUGGCCAUGUUAUUGUUUAUACCAUAUCAGCAUUAGCUGUCACAAUUCUCUGUUCAUCAUAUCCGUUUGCAAUAUUACGUUUUUUCAUACGUGUCUUUAUUUGGACUCAAGUUAUUCAACGAAUGAUUCGAGCAGUUGUUGAACUACAUCACUAUUCAGUCGAUAUGUUUCUUGGUUUAUGUGUAACUUUAUUAAUGUGGCAUGCAGAGGUUUUGUAUUAUGAUUUACCAACUCCACCGCAACCAUUGUACCCACAUUUAAAAAAACUUUUGUUUCCAUUUGAUCAUGACGGUGUUGUUGAUCGUUACGUUGACCAAUUCACUUUAUUUUACAAGCAUUUUAAACGACAACCGAUGAAAACAUUGACUAGCUUAAUAAAGCAUCAUGAUAUCGUUUUACCAGCGAAAACUCGGAUGAAACAAAUUUGA